CCUCAUUUGAACUGUUGUCACUCCUUUCUCAUCCCGAACGUCGUACACUACACUCCUUUGCGGUCGUCGUUCCAUCCAACAGAGAGUCUACCGCUCUCUACCACGCUCUUUUCGGAACCGUUAACGGAUCUAGCAAACAAAACAAACAAACAACAACACAUCGACAAGGGACCACCUUGAGGAAUUCGCUGCAAUGCAGGGACUCGUCAAGACGGCGCUCGCGGCAGCUCUCGUUGCCAGCGUUGCUGCCCAACCUCACAACCAUGGCCAUCGCCAUCUGCACGCCAAGAAGCACAACCACUUGCAGAUGGAGAAGCGCGACACCGUGAUUGUCACCAAGGUGGUUGAGGGCCCGACUGUUACGGAGUAUGUUAUGGGGAAUGGGAAGAAGGUCGAUGCUGCCGAGGCGAAGAAGGGCCUCGAGAAGGGCGAUUUCAUCGUCAUGGGCGAAACCAAGCCCACCUUCAGCGCGCCGCCCCCUGUCGUCUCGACCUCGGUGGCUAGUCUCCCUCACGGAGGCCAGUUCUACGAGAAGACGACCUCGGUCGCCCCGAGCAGCACCUCGUCCGUCGCUCCCAAGCCUUCUACUUCGUCCGCACCUGCGCCGGAACCGGACCUCCCAACCGGCCUUGACGCGGAUUUCCCGAGCGGCAAGGUCCCGUGCGACAAGGUCCCGACCGAGUAUGGUGCGGUCGAGAUUCCCUGGGUUGGCACCAACGGUUGGACGACGCUGGCCAAGUUUGGCAAGUGGGUCAAGGGCGCUGCAAUUGACAACAUCGAAUCCCCUACCGAUGGCACGUGCGAGCCGGGCAUGAUGUGCUCUUAUGCUUGCCCUCCCGGUUACGAGAAGACCCAAUGGCCCGAGGAGCAGGGUGCCACUGGCCAGUCGGUUGGCGGUUUGUGGUGCAACGAAGAUGGCUUCCUGGAGCUCACGCGGCCCAACGUCACCAAGAUCUGCGAGCCCGGUGCCGGUGGCGUCUACGUUGUGAACAAGCUCCCAGGCACCGCCGCCGUCUGCCGCACCGACUACCCCGGCAACGAGGCCAUGGUUAUCCCCCUGGAGACCUCCCCCGGCGGGAAGUACCCCCUGACGAACCCCGACUCCGCAACAUACUACUGGUGGAAGGGCCAACCCACCACUGCCCAGUACUACGUCAACCCCCUCGACGUCGAGGUUGAGGAGGCCUGCACGUGGCAGAGCAAGAAGUACCCCGACUCGGCCGGCAACUGGGCGCCUACCAACAUCGGCGUCGGCAAGAGUCUGUCGGGAGAGACUUUCAUUUCCAUCUUCCCUAACACGCCGACCAGCAGCGCUGUCCUUGACUUCAACAUCAAGAUCGAGGGUGAUGGUGUCUCGGGAGAAUGCUGGCUGAAGGACGGCGAGUACUAUGGUAGCUCCAGUGGCUGCACAGUCGGCUUGAAGGCGGGUGGCACAGCCAACAUCGUGUUCUACAAGUAAAUGAACGCGAUGGGUGGUAACUGCAUGUCACGGAUUGAUAUGGCAUCGCGGGUCCGUGGGGUUGACUUGUCCGGGCGGAUGGGUGCUCUAGAGCUAUCCGCUAUGCCAAGGCAACUGGUCGUCUGGGAGCAAAGCUGCGGAUCAAUUUAAGCUCGCAUCUCGAGGUUGGAAAUGUCUGAUAUUCGCGCGGUAUAACAAAGGGAAAUGGGUUUGCGGUUUAUCUAUUCUUCCGCCGGUCGUGGUCCGGAUAUGGUUGAGACCCGGGCUCCCAUUCUGAGCCACGAACGGCUUCAAUUCUCGGCAAGGCUUCAUUGGGGGGAGGGGAGGCAGGAUGCCGGGCCCGGUUGGCGGCUCUUUGUAUCUGAUAGGGUUAUACGCUCCUUUUAUUUUCCAGCCCGGCGUUCUGGACCUCGAAAUCCGACCUUUCCUUUUUAAUGUUUUGUCAUUUAUUGGAUGACAGCUUCGAACUAAUCGCUUACCUACGAAGCGCAUGCUUCUCCCUAAUUUGAGACGAAAACAUGGGAGUGUAGUUCGCGAGU